UACUAUAAAACGGAAUACGGCUGGUGCCACACGGUCAGUUACGGUUUUCUCGGCUUCGAAAAAGUGGUUUACUUUUUCGCUGGUGGAACCCCCCCCCCCCCCCAAUCAACAACCCAACAGAGAGUGGCCAACGUUUCCAACAAUGAACGUAUUUCAGCCAUUGCUGGCAAUAGUACUGUGCUCGGUGGCGUUUGCCAGCGGAGAGACAGGAAACAAGUUUAACUACGAGGAUGGCGUGCUGGACGUGCGUUGCCCCCUGCGAGAUAUCCCGAUGAGCCCGGUUCAUCUGGCUGUCCCGAACGAUUGCACCAGCUUCCAGAAGUGUUUCAAUGGGCGCGCCUUUACGAUCAAAUGUCCACCCGGGCAGGAGUUUGGUGUUCAUCUGCAACGGUGCGACUAUCCGGUGUUUGCCCAGUGCCAGAAACGGUACGUACAGCCGCAACCGGCCGGAUUUAGCUACGAUCUCGGGCAGGUCGAUCCACGGUGCCCACGGUUCGAUGAUCCGUUCAAGCCGACACAUCUACCGCAUCCUACCGACUGUAAGCGAUUCUUUAAGUGUUUCGACGGUCGGGCAUUUGAGCUGGAGUGCCCGAAGGGACAGGAAUGGGGCGCGAAAUUGAAUCGUUGCGAUUACCCCUCGUUGGCCCGGUGUACCGUUGGUCGGGUGGACAAGGUGCCGAACCGGGUGGAAACACAGCCCGAAGAGGCUGCGGUAGAGAAGCAGCCGGAGGAAGUGGCACAGGGAGAGGUGCAGGAAUACGUUAAACCUGCCAAGGCUGCGUUUAGCUAUAAUGCCGGUGUGAGCGAUACGCGCUGUCCCAAGUUUGAUGAUCCGUUCCGUCCGAUACACCUUUCCCAUCCCACCGAUUGUCGCAAGUUUCUGAAGUGUUUCGAUGGUCGCGCGUACACCAUCGACUGUCCGGUCGGGCAAGAGUUCGGCUUGCGCAUCAAUCGCUGCGACUACCCACAGUUUGCCCAAUGCUCGCUGCAGAAGGAUCGCAAAAGCAUGCGCAAAGCGGCCAGCGACGAUUACUACUACGAUGAGUACUACGACGACGACGGCCGGAUUCCGCUCGAUUCGAGCGAAUGGACACCGGAACAGCGCGAAAUGAUCGAGGGCAUUAAGGAUUUGCGCUGCCCGCUGAUAGACGAUCCGGCCGAACCGGUACACUUCAUUCACCCGCGGGAUUGCGGCAAGUUCUACAAGUGUUAUGAUGGGCGCGCUUACCUGAUCCUGUGCCCGGCCGGCCAGCACUGGAGCGUCCGGUACGAUCGAUGCGAUUAUCCGAAGGUGGCGAAAUGUACCAUUCGCGGUAGCUAGGCGGUUCGCGGUUUGCCGGCUGGCGUCAGGUCGGGCGCUUGGGUUUUUUGAGGGGAAGUAUUUAUUUGUUCCAUAGACACAUAGACACGCUGUAACAAUAAAUUGGUACCAUGUGAAGUGAGCAACGGUUUGGUCGAUGUAAAUAAAAUAAUACGACAAAGAAAAAAUAA